CUUUCCUUUUUUUCAUCUCGGGUUGAAGAAUAUAUAAAGCUUUUUUUCUCCCAAUAUAUUUUUGCUAACUUUUUGUUUUUGCUGUUCAAAUAUUUAGGGUUUUUCAUAGAUUGGUUGUCAUUUUCUUAUAGAAGUACUUCUGUACCAAAGAAACGUCUUCAAUUUCAUGGCGGUUACAUUUAAAUUCACUUCUCUACAGUGACUUUGCUGUAUGCGAAUUUGUUUUCAGGUUUCGUGUUGGCUAGUCAUAUUUUUAAUUCAUCCAGCUCAUUGAAAUAAGAUCCGCUGCUGAAAAAGGGAAAAACUCCUUGUUUAAUGUUUGAUUUGUUCUAGGUGAAAAUAGGAAGGGAAAAAAACAAAUCAAGGUAAAAGCUGUCACUCAAAUCUGCCAUUUAAUUUCUUAAGUUGGUGUGGGUAUUUUGGAAGGGGUUCCCGAAUUAUUUUUUGGAGCCCCAUUUGAUUAAAGAAUCCAUCAGUCAUAAAUAAGGAAAAAGCAACUCAAUUUCGGAAGAUGGAGUGUAAUAAAGACGAAGCGAUGAGGGCAAAAGAAAUUGCUAUCAGAAAGUUUACCGAGAAAGAUUAUGCCGGUGCAAAGAAGUUUGCUCUGAAGGCUCAAUCCUUAUAUAAUGGGCUUGAAGGAAUCACACAGAUGAUAACCACCUUUGAUGUAUUUUUAUCAGCUGAGACGAAAAUAAAUGGCGAGGUGGACAAGUAUGCCAUUCUCGGCAUUUCUCCCCUUGCUGAUGACGAGACCCUAAAAAAGCAUUUCAAAAAAUUGGCGCUUCAGCUGCAUCCCGAUAAAAACAAGUCCAUUGGUGCUGCGGGUGCUUUCCAGCUUGUGUCCGAAGCAUGUAAUUUCUUAAGUAAUAAAGCUAACAGAGCCGCUUACGACAGUCGGCGUAAUGUGAAAACUUUUGUGCAGAGAGCUCCUUCACAGACUGGUAUUUCGACAGGGUUUGCUGGUGGUGUGUAUCAGCCGAAGUUUGCAACCAAUGCUGGAUUUUCAGUGCCACCGUAUGGCGGAUUCAAAGCAGAGCGGAAGCUUCCUACUGAGGCAGUUUUUUUGGGUUCUAAAAAUUCUUCCCAACCGAAGAUCCCUAAUCGAAGUGCGAAUUCAGAAGUCCGUUCAGGGGUUAAUGGGUAUCAUAAACAGCCUGGCCCUGGUUCAACAUCUUCUUUUAGAAAGCCUCCGAAAAGUGACAGUAAAAGAAGUUCUGCAUCCAUUCAAUCGUUCUUCAAGAAUGGCGAGACGUUCUGGACCAUGUGCACAAGGUGCAAGAUGAAGUACGAGUUUCUGCGAGUUUACGUUGAUCAGAUUCUGAAAUGCCCACAUUGUCAAUUGGGCUUUCCAGCUGUUGAAGUAUCUGCACCGUCGAGUCUCACACCAGGUCGCCCGUCGAAACAAAAAAUUGGAGUAUUUGCACCUUCGAAACUCACACCAGUUCGCCCUUCGAAACAAAAAAUUGAAGCAUCUGCACCGCCGGAUCCCGUACCAGUUCGCCGUUCGAAACAAAAAAUUGAAAUAUCUUCACCUUCGAAUCUUGCACCAGGCCGCCCUUCGAAACGAAAAAAGCGAGAUUCAAGCUCAGGACCUCAAACAUUUGUUCCUUGGAAACCUCUGUCCGAAACCUAUUUCAAGUCUAACGAUCAAAAUGUAGCUACGAAUGGUUACUUUUAGUUAAAACAAAGUUAAAACUUGACCAUGAUUACUUUUUCUCUUUGAAAAUAUAGUAUAAUAAUUUAAUUUUAA